CUUACCUUGUUACAAAUUUGAGCAUCUCCGCUAGCUCUUAAUAACACCUCAGCUAUUUGUUUGUUUUUAUCGUCAAGAGGAGUUAAGUGCCCUAAGGUGCAAGGACAAUGUAUAACACAGUCCUUGACAUAUAAACAAUCUUAUCCAUGAGUUGGCACAGUACUCUAGGUCAAUUGGCUAACAGGCUGCAAGGCAACUAAAAAUUCUAUCUAUGCCUCUAGUUCAAGUUCCAUCCCAAACCACACAAAUCCAAUCCCCUUUCCUUCUCUUCUCAAGGAACCACAUAUGUUUUGAGAUGGAGAGUUCACAAAGGGCUCAAUCAUCAUUUUCUUUUCCAUGACACACACACACACAUACAUACAUAAAUACCAUACCAUACAUACAUGUCAAUUGGAAAAAAACAAUAUGCCCCAGUACCAUUACCCACCAUUCAUUAAAUUCCAUCAAUAAAAGGGCCCAUCCUAACCUUCCUCCUUUAUUUAUCCUCAUCUCUAUCUCCUACUCUUUACAUCCACACAAUGCACCCGAACCGACAAAAAAAAGCAAACUAGAGGGUUUCUCCAAUGUGAAAUUUACAAAUUCCAUUAGAAAAGAAAGCUAAACCGCAAAAACAAACAAACCCCAGUUGGCACAGCAAACAUCCGAAGGCCAAAGCUUCCAAUUUCUUUCUUUCGACUUGACUCAGAGAAAUUCCAACAACAAAAAAUUUGCCAAGGAAAAGAAAACGGGGACUUUCUGAAGAAAAUUGAUUUUGAGAAACGAAAUCAGUAACUCCUUUGAUCACAUCACAAGGCACCCAUGCUAGAAACCCAAGAGAGAAGCAAUAAAGGAUUGGGAUGGAAGACCCACCACCAUUGUCAAUGCUAUUUCUGCUUGUGCUUUCUCACAUAUAAAUGAAUGAAUGAACAAUCCCCCAGACAGAUCAUAUGAAUGCAUAAAUGGAGUUGCAGGAAACUUACAACUCGCUCAAGUGGAGCAAAGGAGGUACUGAGUCGACUCAGAAUCACAAGGAACGAGUUGAAAACGAGCUGAGGCGGUGGUGGCCGAGUGGACUCGGGCGAGUGGUGUUGUUGCUGCCAUAAGUGGAAAGAGAGAGAUGGAGAAGACGAGCAGGGAAGGAAAUCCCACCUUGGUCGUUCAUCUGUUGCUAUUUAUAGUAAAAAAAUAUCAAAAUUAUUACAACUACUUCUGGAGAUAUUAAAUUUCUGUGCACUCUGCUGCCGCCACAUGUUUUUUUGUUGUUUGGAUUGUCAUUGGGAUUAAGGAGUUAUUACUGGAUGGCACUUGCAUAUUUCUAGUUUGGAACAAUAUAUGAUAAUCCGUUAUUAAGCUUUUUGUAUAAUCAUGAUUUUAAGAUUCAUAGACUUUGUAAUAAAAUCAAGAUUUAUCAUUUAUGCCUAUAAAAAAACAUAGAAACACAAGAUUCCAAAAUUAAAAUAGGAAUUUCCACUGUUCAACCCAUAGCUUCCUUCAUUUUUCCCUACACCAAAUUUACUUUACAGUUUACGGCCUUUAUUUGUUAAAGAUCGGAAUCAAUUUGGUAAUAACCCAAAAUUUGAUGGUAGAUUGGUAGUAUUUGUAAUUGACCCGUAAAGAAAUUAGAUCACAAAUUCACAAUUCACAAUUCACAAUUCACAAGUCUGUGCCAAAACCUCGCGCUGGCUAAACCCUAGCGUAUCUGUAUCUUUUCUGCAUAAGUCGUCUUCUUCUUCCUCCGUCGUUCCCCCUUCCCGAGUUGAGCUGCGUCGACUCACUGAACUCAGAAAAUGGCGGACACGGUGCAGUACCGCCUGGAGCGCAUGGUCGAGGAGCUCGAUGACCUAGAGCGUCGAGGACUGUUCACCCGCCGUGAGAUAGCGGAGAUUGUCAAGCAGAGGCGGAAGUUCGAGUACAGAUUGAAGCGCCCCAGUCCUCUAAAGCAGGACUAUUUGACCUACAUAGAUUACGAGACCCAGCUCGACACGCUUCGCCGCCUUCGCAAGAAAUCCGUGGCCAGGGACCUCGAUAAGAAGAAGGAUAACAAGAGGACGAAGCUCUCGGUCUCUGACUUCGCCGGAGUGUCGAGGAUUGUUGAGAUUUAUCGGCUCGCCGUGUUGAGAUACAAGGGGGAUGUCGACCUCUGGCUUCGUUAUUUGGAGUUCUGUAGGGAGCGGAGCAAUGGAAGAAUGAAGAAGGUCCUAGCUCAACUAAUUAGGUUUCAUCCAAAGGUUCCAGGAGUUUGGAUUUAUGCUGCGGCAUGGGAAUUUGACCAUAAUUUGAAUGUUGCAGCAGCUCGUGCCCUUAUGCAAAGUGGUUUGAGGGUGUGUCCGACUUCAGAGGAUCUCUGGGUGGAGUACCUCCGGAUGGAGCUCACAUACCUCAACAAGCUGAAAGCACGAAAGGUUGCUCUUGGAGAGGGCAGGGGAAGUCUGGUUCGUGAAGAUGGAGAUGCUGGUGAAAAAGAGUGGAGAGAGGAUAACCAAGAUUUAUUCUUGUCACUUGAUGAGGAAAGGAAAAAUGUUGAUGGAUCCAACACUGACAAUGAGGAGUCCGAUGAUAAAGUAGAUAUAUUUAAAGAGCAAGGUCAUAACAUUCUCCAGGCAGUUUAUAGUGGUGCAGUGGAAGCCUUGCCUUCAAGUUUUAGCCUUAGAGAGCGGUUACUCGAGAUAUUGGAAGCCACAGACUUGGCACAUUCAGAAGACAUGCGUGAAAGGAUCCUAAGUGAUAUGAAAAGAGACUUUUCAAAGGAUCCCAAAUACUGGGAAUGGCUUGCUAGACUUGAACUGAGACAUUCUCAAAGUAACCAGGGAAUAAGUGAUGAUCUCAUGCUGGAACAAUUACAGAAGGCAGUGAAGAUCUAUGAAGAGGCUUUAGAAGUUGUGCCUUCUUCUGUUAUGUUUGACCUGUACACAAAAUUUUUGAUGGAUGUUGUUGUCCCCAAAGAUGGAAAUACCCAGUUGUGUGUUUGUACAGAAGAUUGGAUUUCACGUCUUUUAACGGCAUAUGAGAAGGCCGAGCUAGUAGGGUGCAUGUCAGAGGAUCUAGCUUGCAGAUAUGCUUCAUUAUAUUUGCAAUUGGGAAGAUUUGAUGAAGCCCGAAAACUGGCAAGAGACCUUUGCAGUGGAGAUCUUGCAAAUUCAUCUAAGUUAUGGCUCUUAAGGGCCUCCAUGGAAAUUAGACAUUUCACAAGGGAUGCUCUUUCGCAAAGUAAGGCCAGCUUGGAUUCCAUUUUUGGUUUAAUUAGAGACGAGCUGGCUAAAGUGCCACUAUCAAAGUCGGAGGAACUUUGGCUCACGGCACUCAAGUUCUUUGCUCUUGAAAGGGAUUACUCUGAUAAGUUGGUUGAGAUGUCUAUUACUGCAGUAGCUAAAAGUGCCGGCAGUGAUUAUGGAUUCUCACUCUCUUCUGCAGUAGUAAACUUUAUCCUUCACAAAGAUGGGCUCCAGGAUGCUAGAAAGAUAUAUGAGAGAUUUCUUGCCCUUCCUCAUCCAGACCUUUCUUUGUACAGAAAGUGCAUUGAAUUGGAACAGAACCUCGCCUCUCUUGGUGACAAGCAAUGCCUUGUAAAUGCUCGGAAGUUGUACGAUUCUGCACUCUCAACUUACGACCAGGACUCGAGUUUGUGGCAAGAUUACUAUUCGAUGGAAAUUAAGAUGGGAACGUCAGAGACUGCAAAUGCUGUACAUUGGCGAGCAAAGAAGACGCUGGAAAACAAUGCUGCAGCUUUGAUAGCUUCUCCAGAUGUAUUAUGAUUUCCUGCAGUGCACACAUCAUGUUCCCUAAAAAUUUUGGCCUCCCAAACAUUUUUGUAUUAGUUGAGCAAUGAAAGUCGAAUGUUCGUAACUUAAGUGAGCAAAGUUAUCCGAACUUGUACAGUUUUCUAUCCGUGUUUCGAAAGCCUGCUAGGGUAAAGGAAAAAAGACCGUUGUUAUACGUUGAUUCUUUGGUGACAUUCUGAUUUGGCGCUUGGCAGCCAUUGUCGAUGGAUGAGUAUAGUUCCAGGACAGGUAAGUUCACUGAGAGGGGUCUUGUGUUUUUUCAUUGGAAUGCUGGUUGGAUGAAAGGUAAUGUGUUUCUCUAGGUUUUAGAUGAUGGAGAUGCGACUUUAGAUUGUGAAGAUGGAUAUAUAGGCUUACACCUAUAUGUUUCAACUUUCAGGUAACUGUAUCCAUCUAAUUGUUCAUAACAUAGAGAAUCGUCUCAUAGGUGCUGAGCGGGAUCGUUACCAGUCGAAAAUUGUCGGUGAAUGAUUCAAAAGUGUCCAAUGCUUAAAAGAUGGUUCUCAAUUCUCAUAUAGCAAAAUUGUUAUGGGACCAAUGUCUCAGUUGAAUUUUUAUUGUCUUGUAACUUGCAAGUUGAGAUGAUAACUUCGAUCUGACCUGUUUUACCCGAUCUUUUUGGUCUGUUUUGGAAUCGUAGGUGGGGCGAGGUGGGCAUGAGUACCUCUCGUUGACCCGACCUGUCCUGACCCGCCCCAUUCUCGACCCGUUCUUGCUUAAAUUAUAUGCAAUCUUAGUCAAAUUACUUGGAAUUUUCCUCAUAUUACCUCAUAUUUUAGCUAUAAUAAAGUUGUAAAUGAGUGAAAACCUCAAUUUCUCAAAUACAUUAACUACAUUUUUAUCAUAUUAUAGUUUAUUUCUUCAUCUUUUAAUGAAAAUAAUGACUAUUUUUAAAGUUUUUCACAUAAAUUACAUACACAUUGGGUCGACCUUCCCUGAUCCACAUCCCGUGAUAAAUUACCCGACCUAAACCCAACCCGCCACGGGACAAGUAUGAAUAUUGAGAUAUCCGGGCCGGACCUGCCCAUUAGGGGUGGCUAUACGGUUCGGUCUGGUUAAAUUGGACCAAAUUGAUCCGGUUCCAGGCCGGUCUUUUCGGAAAUAUAAGGACCAAAGAUUG